AUGUUUACGACCUUUAUCUUCUUUUACUCUUUUCUAUCCUUCAAUUUUGUUUUCUACGUCUUGGUUUCAUCCUACACUUUUCUUCUUUUUCUUCUCCUUUUGCUGCUUCUUUUUCUUCUUCUCUUUCUUUUUCUUCUUUUUCUUUUCAUUCUCAUUCUUCUUUUUAUUUUAUUUUCUUCUUCUUUUUCUUUUUUUUCUCCUCCUCCUACCCCCCUUUUUAAUCUCCUCCUCCUUUUUCUUUUUCUUUUUCUCCUUCUUCUUUUUCUCCUCCUCCUCUUUUUUCUUUUUCUUCUUCUUUUUCUUCUCCUUUUUUUUCUUUUUGUUUGUUUUCUUCUCCUCUUCUUUUUCUUCACCUCCUUCUUUUUCUUCUCUUCUUUCUUUUUUUCUUCGUCUUCACCUUUUUCUUUUUUUUCUUCUCAUUUCUUUUUCUUUUUCUUCUCAUCCUACUUCUCUUUAUUCUCCCCCUUCUUUUUCUUCUUCUUCUUCUUCUUUGUUUUGAUUUCGAGCAAGUCGAGGUAUCUAUCUAUCUAUCUAUCUAUCUAUCUAUCUAUCUAUCUAUCUAUCUAUCUAUCUCUCUCUCUCUCUCUCUCUCUCUAUAUAUAUAUAUAUAUAUAUAUAUAUAUAUAUAUAUACUGA